UGUCUUCUCUACCCAAACAUACCUAUCUCUUGCCCCUCACAUUUGAAUCAGGUAGCUUCAAGCAUCAGGCUACCUGUAUGCAAUCAGGGAAAGUGUCAAGAGCACAGGACAAACAGUCACUUCAAGUGCUGUCCCCUCAUUUACUGAAUGAGGCAUAGUCAUGUGGAAGAAACAGUAUGUGAUCAUGUGAUUAUUUAUCAGACUCCAUACACACAAGGGGACAAAUGAGGGUAGCGUGGUUAUUAAUAUUUGAGUGUUUGAUUUUACAUCAUCAUAUUGUAAUUUUAAUAUGGUUUUAUGUAUAUAGUUCACAAGUUUUUUAAAAGAAAAGAUUUGUGCUUUAUCAUAUGCAAGAACCUUCCAUUAUUAGUGAUCAGCACAGUUUGACUUGAGAGCUUCAGCACCACAGCAAGACAGAUGUCUGUUACCUCAACAAAAGGAGAAACUAUACUAGGUUAUAGCAGAUUUGGGCCUCUAAAGUAGGCAGGUCCAUGAUCAUGGGGAGUCCAAAACCUGCUUCUUGUUUUUUUAAUGUUCUCCUGAACAGAAACUGAAGAUCUUUAAUUGGAUCAGUGGCAGUUAUUUUCUAUUGGUCACUACAAGCAUUUUUACUCAUAUCUGGAUGUCAUGGUUUAUGUGACAGAGUUGGUCUACACUGCAAAGCAGAGAUUUUCCAUGGAAAAACUGAAAUUCCUCUGCCAAUGAGAAUUCAUAGAAGUGAACAUAACUGAUGAUUGCACGGUUCUGAAAUCUUCAGUUGGAAUGCCAGUCUCCAUCAAUAUGGGAUGCAUCUCUGCAACCAAAACCAGAGUGAAAACCAAAGGAAGAGAUCCAGAGAGAAAAAAAGUCACAAAUAACUCAUCAGAGGAAUCUCUUGACUGAGUAGUUACUGAUCAAUAAUGGUGGGUCUGAACCCUGCGUUGAAAUAUUCGAGCAACCCAGGCAAAGAGGCAUGCGUUUCAGGUACAAAUGUGAAGGACGAUCAGCAGGCAGCAUUCCAGGAGAACGUAGUACUGACAGCAAUAAGACAUAUCCCUCUAUAGAGGUUCUAAACUUUGAUGGUAAAGUGAAAGUAAGGAUUACAUUAGUAACAAAGAAUGAGCCCUACAAGCCACACCCUCAUGACCUGGUUGGGAAAGACUGUAGGGAUGGCUACUAUGAAGCAGAGUUUGGACGAGAUCGUAGAGUCCUAUCUUUUCAGAAUUUGGGCAUUCAGUGCGUUAAAAAGAGAGACCUGAAAGAAUCAAUCUGUUCACGUAUUGCAAGAAAGAUCAAUCCAUUCAGUGUGCCCGAAGAACAGCUGCACAGUGUCGAUGAGUAUGACCUCAAUGUCGUGAGACUCUGCUUUCAGGUGUUCCUCCCUGAUGAACAUGGCAAUUGCGCGUUACCACUUCCUCCCGUUGUCUCCAACCCUAUUUAUGAUAACCGCGCUCCCAACACAGCAGAAUUGAGAAUCUGUCGCGUGAACAAGAACUGUGGAAGCGUAAAAGGAGGAGAUGAAAUAUUUCUACUGUGUGACAAGGUUCAAAAAGAUGAUAUAGAAGUCAGAUUUGUCUUGAAUGACUGGGAAGCCAAAGGUAGUUUCUCACAAGCUGAUGUACAUCGUCAAGUAGCAAUUGUAUUCAAAACUCCACCAUUUUACAAAGACAUCACUGAACCAGUUACAGUAAAGAUGCAGUUGCGAAGACCCUCUGACCAGGAAGUCAGUGAGCCAAUGGAUUUCAGAUAUCUACCAGAUGAAAAAGAUCCUUAUGGUAACAAAGCAAAAAGGCAAAGACAAGUAUCAGCAUUGACUUUUCAAAAGCUCAUGCAGGAAUAUGGUCCCAAUGCAUCCGAGAGGCCUAAAGCUGCUCCAUUCCGGUCUAUCACUGGCGAAGGGAGGAUAAUUAAGAAAGAACCAACUAUAUUUUCUCAAACUGCACCGAUUAUGCCUCUGCAGAGAACUCCUGUAAGCACCAGUCAAAUUCAGUCUUACUAUUCCUCACCCACAUGCAAUUCAAAUCCAAACCCACAUCUGUCUACAAAUGUGCAGGCCAUGGGACAGGUUAAGCAUGAUGAAGAUCUUACUUCAUGUUGGCAUUCCCUGUGUUCCCCUUCAUCAGGCAACACAGUUAAUACACACCCACCAAACAGUUUUGUGAUGGAUGCUCUUCACCCUAACCCACAAAACAACAGUUCUCUUUCAGCUCUUCAUGAUAACGUUCUGAACUGGACUGAUCAGAAGGAAAUAGACUUCUAUAGAAAUUUCACCAGCACAAAUGGGUUAGGAACAUCAUCGAUGUCACAGCAAGACAUGCAGAAUGUCUCUGAUAGCAGCAUUAUGCAUCAGGUUCACACCAUAAGCGUCACAGCUCCCUGCAUAGAUAACAUGGAGACUGAUGAAAUAGGAUGCAUGAGCCUGAAUGUAGAAAAGGCAUCAUUUAAUCAAGUUUUAAAUCCAAGUGAUCACAGGAGGCAAAUCCAUCAAGUACCUUCUAACAGUACAUCUUUAGCAGCUUCUUGUAGCUCAUCUUUUAGUUCACAGUCCAAUGCAUUUCAUUCAGCAGGUUUUGGUUUCUUAGACCCUCAAACUGUGAAUGAAUCAAGCUCACCCAGCAAUCUUAUUCAGAAUAAUCAAAAUAGUUCUUCCAAUAGCCAGUACUAUACAGAUGGGACCGAAGGUGAAGAGUAUUUUAGCACCUUUGGAGUCCCUUUGGAAGCUUUAUUGCAGAAUUUCAACCAGUGAGUUUGUUUUGCUGUCAGUCUGAAAAACAGUAUCCAAGUUUCUCUAAUGGCCAAAGACGGACAACAAACAAUUGAUAUGCAAUGGAAUACUGGUAUUCACAGUUACUGCCAUGGAAGCUUAACUUUUCCUCUCAGAAUGUUCCUUAGAGCAAUCUACUAUGCACAAUUUCAUUCUAUAAAUUCGGGUGGCUGAUCAAGGGUUGGAUGCCACAUUAAAGGCAGUGUUAGGGAAUAGAGUUUGGGAAUUUUGUACACCAAAACAAUCUCAUUUUUUUACAUUGUUGGAAAUGGGUAGAGAAGCAAUUGCUAAGCGCUAAAGACCUCCUGCUCUCAGUGGAAACUCACCCAUGGAAAACUGGUAUCUUCAGAGCAGCCAAGAUUAUAUAAUUCAAAUAGUUGGAAACAAAAACAAACAGUUGUUUCUCCUUACAGAACUAGGAAUUGUCCUACAGGUACUCAGCAAUGGUCUAUGUAAUUUUCUUAAUAUUUUAUUUUUACCCAAUCUUUUUGGGUAAGCGCUAUCUCAACAUUUUUUUAUAUAUAUAUAUGUAUGUAUGUAUGUACAUUUUUUAUUGGUAAACUUAGCUUAUGCACUGACCUUUUUCACAUUUAUAUGUUUAUUCCAUUUGCUUGGAAAGCAAAUUUAUUCUUAAAGGGUAAUGACUAUGUCAUUGUUAGGUCUAUUUAAAAAUAUUACAAUUUUCGCUGGAGUUCUUAAAUAGUGCAGCUAUGGCGUGACAUGAAUUAUUGAACAAAGGAGAAAACCAUUUUGCACUCGUCUCAGAGUAGUUUUUUGUGUUUUUUUUUUACUAUAAAGUACUGGAUGCUUUAUGAAUGGUAGCAUGGUUUUGGUACUGUAAGGAAUACACUUUGGGGGGUUAUAUGUGUUUAUUAUGAAUUACAUAAAAUAGGUCAGAUGACUUUGGGUUGUCAAGAAGCUGGCUUUCCAAACUAAAACAAUUGAGAAUCUCCUUGCAUGGAAGAAUUCUGGCUGACACAAAGCUACCACAGCAACCUCUAUACUUUCUACUUUUGCUUCAGGAAUCAUGGGGGGAGGGAGAAUGUGUGGCCAAAGCAUAUUUUGCACUGGCCUUGCAGAGGUGUUCCACUCAGUGCUAAUUAGGAACCCCAUCUACACCCCCAAAUCAGGGGCUAUGCUUUACCCCCUUAGCUCCAUGGGUUAUCAAGCAUAACUCAGGCACAUGUAAGGAUCUAGCCCAUAAUGUUCAUAUUUCUGUAUGUUGUUAGGUUUUGAGAUUUUGUUUUCAUCCAAAAAAAGUUCUCUAAUCUGAUUCAUUCACUUUUUUUUAAGCUAUUCAGUCUUAUUGACUGGCAAAGACAUCACUAAACUUUUAAAAACUCGUAUGAGUCAAUAUUGCCAUCUGGCAGCUUAAUUGACUGGAGAACAGAUCUCGUUAACUCCCAGAUGCAAUAAUAAAUCUCAUUCAGAACAAUAAUUUAAAGGGUAUGGAUCCCUUCAAAAUGUUUUAGGUGUCCCACAAACGAAGAAAGGUUGAAAACCACUGGCAUAGGUGACUAUGCGCCUUCAAUCGUAAUGCUCAGUACAGGGCAAGAUUGUGUAUGAAUUUCUGCAGAUGUUUUUGAAUUGUAUUAUAUAUACACACUUGAAGUUGGACAGGUGCUUCCUAUAAAUCUAACAUGAAAGGCGCUGCACUGUACAAGUCUACAGCAUUUUUUUAAAUAGUUUUAAAAUAAGUCAAGGGACCAAGCAACAUUUUUCAUGUUAUUUAUAAGCAAACAGAGCCUGACUGAGGAAACAAACAUAGAGCUCAGAAUAAAGCUUGAAAUGUCUGUUCAAUUUCUUUAAAGUUCUCAGUUCACUUACUGUUUUAAAUGUCAACAUUCUAGAAAUUUUUUUACUUUAAAAAUUAUUGGGUACAUUUUGUUGUAUUCUGUAUAAUUAAAUAUUUUAAUUCACCUCUGUUUUCUUUUUUGGCUCCAAGCUGGUUUGUGUUUAUACUUUAUUCCCAUAGACAAUUCAAGAACAUUAGGGGACAUAAAGAUCUGAUCUUAACACUUACUUAGCCCUUCCAGCCACUUGACUUAAAUGAAGCUAUUCCUGCCUGUAAGGAAGGAUGACUCCUGGCAGGCCCCGAAAGCUUAAAUCAGCUUGAAAGAAACCGCUUUUGUUCAUAUUAGGAAAUUUGUUUUUAAGGCAUUUCCCACUGUUGUUGAUUGUUGGCAAGUGGUAAACCUAAAGCAAUUUAUACUCUUAGCAUCUCUACAUAGUUUUUGCGCUGACUGGCUAAAUGGAUAGAAAAACAGAUUUAUUAAAAUCUGUGCAUCCUCUCCCUGCCCAGUGUGGAGGCACUGGUGUAAAGAUGUUUGUUGGUAUAGCUAUAAGAAUGAAUACCUUAACUAACUCUACCAAUGUAAUUAGAUCAGCACAAAAUCUCUGUGUAGACAAGGCCAAAGGCCUAUUUUUUGGCAGGGGCUCAGUUACUGAGUACCCUACUUGACACCUUGAAGAAGCCUGAGUUUUGGAGGGCAGCUGUUGUUUGAAGUGUAAGGACCAGGGGACAUUUUUAUUACAGUACAGGUUGAAACUAUCUAGUCCAGCACCCUUGAGACCUGAUGGAUGCCAAACCAGAGAAU